AUGGGCGACAUUCCCGAAGGAGACGCAUCUAGAGGAGAGAAGAUCUUCAAAACCAAGUGCUCUCAGUGUCACACGUACGAGAAAGGAGGUCCAACGAAGCAAGGGCCGAACUUGCACGGACUCUUCGGACGUCCGGCAGGCUCUGUACCUGGUUUUGCGUAUACGGCUGCAAACAAGAACUCUGGUGUUGUAUGGAAAGAUGAAACACUAUUCGAAUAUUUAGAGAACCCAAAGAAGUAUAUUCCUGGCACGAAGAUGGUUUUCGCAGGUUUAAAAAAGCCGCAGGAACGAGCAGACUUGAUCGCUUUCCUCAAGAAAGCGACGAGCGAGUAA